CUUCUCUUUAUAUUCAUCAUGGCGAAUUUACCCUUUAUCUCUCGUCGCUCUACUAUCUAUGGCACACAUGCCAUGGUAUCUAGUUCUCAACCUUUGGCCACUCAAGCUGGAAUUGACAUCUUAAAAAAAGGUGGUAACGCUGCUGAUGCUGCUGUUGCUGUUGCGGCUGCACUCAACGUUACAGAACCGGGGUCAACUGGUAUUGGUGGUGAUGCAUUUUGUCUGUUUUAUGACGCAAAAGCGCGUACAGUCAAAGGUUUAAAUGGAUCUGGAAGAACUCCAGCAGCCCUCACCAUGGAUCACAUUCGCCAUCAAGCCAACAUUUCUGGCUCGGAACUACCUAGUACCAGCGUGCACGCUAUUACUGUUCCGGGCGCGGCUGCCGCUUGGGUAGAUACCGUCCAGCAAUUCGGAUCUGGAAAUGUUGAUCUUGCUACUAUUCUUCUCCCGGCCAUCGAUUUAGCUGAAAACGGUUUCCCUGUAUCCCAUAUUUCUGCUCAUGGUUGGAACCGCGAAGCCAAACAAUUAGCUGAGACCAAUCCUGAUGGAGGCGACAAUGCAUGGUUAAUUGAUAACUCACGUGCGCCAGUUGAAGGCGAAGUGAUGACAGUACCUAGCCUUGCCGAAACGUUUAAAGUACUUGGUGCUGAGGGAAAGAAAGGGUUCUAUGAAGGUCGUAUUGGUGAGUCUAUUGUGCAAGCCAUCCAAUCACGUGGUGGGUUGAUGACACUGGAAGAUCUUAAGUCUCAUAGUAGUGAGCUUAUCCAACCCAUCUCUAUUGAUUACCACGAUUGGACUGUCUGGGAAAUCCCCCCCAACGGACAAGGUAUUACAGCCUUGAUUGCAUUGGGUAUCAUUGAAGCCUUGGAAGAAUCUGGCCAAGUAGAUUUUGCAAAGAUUGAGCAUAAUUCUGCUGAUUAUAUUCAUAUUGUAACAGAAGCACUUCGUAUUGCGUUUGCAGAUACACGUUAUUAUGUGACUGAUCCUCAGGUUGAACCCGUACCUACUGAAGCUUUGUUAAACAAGGCGUAUCUCCGUGAGCGAGCAAAACUUGUGCAAUUAACAAAGAGAAAUGAUGAGAUCCAUAAAGGAUAUCCUGAACAGGCCGGCAACACUGUGUAUUUCUCUGUCGUGGAUGAACAGGGCAACGCAUGUAGUUUCAUCAAUUCCACUUAUAUGCAUUUUGGGUCCCAUAUUAUUGCUGAUAAUACGGGUGUAGUUUUGCAUAAUCGCGGCUGUAAUUUCGUACUUAUUGAGGAUCAUCCUAACUGCCUCGGACCUAGUAAAAGACCAUAUCAUACGAUUAUUCCAUCCAUGGUGACUCGCAAAGUGAACAACGGACAUGAACUCGAAGCCUGCUUUGGUGUGAUGGGUGCCUUUAUGCAACCCCAGGGCCAUGUCCAAGUGGUUCUAAACAUGAAGCAUUACGGAUCCAACCCCCAACAUGCGCUUGAUCUCGCUCGUAUUUGUGUCGCUCCACCCAAGAGCAGCGGAUCGGGAGGCGCUUAUUCUUUUACGGAUGUGGAGCACUCUGUGAUUUAUGUGGAGGAAGGUGUGACACAAGAAGCGAUCGCAGGACUUGAAGCAAAGGGCCAUAUUUGUUAUCCACUCCAGAAUCAUGCACGUUCCAUGUUUGGUCGCGGUCAAAUCAUUCGGUCUAAAAUCGAUGCUCGAACAGGUCAUCGUGUGCUUGCUGCUGGUAGUGAUCCUAGAGGCGACGGUCAAGCGAUUGGUUGGUAAAAGUAGCUCUUAACAGCAUCAUUACUUAAAUUAUAUAAAAGG